AUGGCUCAAGCAGCUAAGCAGCUGAAGAAAAUCAAAGAUAUUGAGGCUCAGGCUCUGCAGGAGCAGAAGGAGAAGGAAGAAUCCAAUCGCAAGCGCAGGAACCGUCGAAAGAAAAAGGCUGAUGCUGCAACCAGUUUCUUGAGAGCUGCAAGAUCCGGGAAUCUGGACAAAGCCUUGGAUCACCUCAGGAAUGGGGUAGAUAUUAACACCUGUAACCAGAACGGGCUGAACGCCUUGCACCUGGCCUCCAAGGAGGGCCACGUGAAAAUGGUGGUGGAGCUGCUGCACAAGGAGAUCGUUUUGGAGACAACCACCAAGAAGGGAAACACAGCCCUUCACAUUGCCGCCCUUGCUGGACAACAGGAUGUGGUGCGGGAACUGGUGAACUAUGGGGCCAACGUCAAUGCACAGUCACAGAAAGGCUUCACACCACUUUACAUGGCAGCACAGGAAAACCACCUGGAAGUUGUCAAGUUCUUGCUGGAAAAUGGAGCCAACCAGAAUGUAGCCACAGAGGACGGCUUCACGCCACUAGCUGUGGCUCUGCAGCAAGGGCAUGAGAACGUGGUUGCUCACCUUAUAAACUAUGGGACAAAGGGUAAGGUCCGCCUGCCCGCCCUGCACAUUGCAGCCCGCAAUGAUGAUACUCGCACAGCUGCCGUGCUGCUGCAGAAUGACCCCAAUGCUGAUGUCCUCUCCAAGACUGGAUUUACUCCCUUGCACAUUGCAGCCCACUACGAGAAUCUCAGUGUGGCCCAAUUACUGCUGAAUCGUGGAGCCAGUGUCAACUUCACACCUCAGAAUGGGAUCACACCUCUGCACAUUGCCUCCCGCCGGGGAAACAUCAUCAUGGUACGGCUGCUGCUGGACCGUGGUGCCCAGAUAGAGACAAGGACCAAGGAUGAGCUGACCCCUCUGCACUGUGCAGCUCGCAAUGGGCACGUGCGAAUUGCAGAGAUCCUGCUGGACCACGGGGCUCCCAUUCAAGCCAAAACCAAGAAUGGCUUGUCGCCGAUCCACAUGGCAGCGCAGGGCGACCACCUGGACUGCGUGCGGCUGCUCCUGCAGUACAGCGCCGAGAUCGACGACAUCACCCUGGACCACCUCACACCGCUGCACGUGGCCGCACACUGUGGGCACCACCGCGUGGCCAAGCUGCUGGUGGAGAAGGGGGCCAAGCCCAACUCCCGAGCCCUCAAUGGCUUCACACCCCUCCAUAUUGCCUGCAAGAAGAACCACAUCCGGGUGAUGGACCUGCUGCUGAAGACAGGUGCCUCCAUCGAUGCUGUCACAGAGUCUGGCCUGACUCCCCUGCAUGUGGCUGCCUUCAUGGGGCACCUCCCCAUCGUCAAGACUCUGCUGCAGCGUGGAGCCUCUCCUAAUGUGUCCAAUGUGAAAGUGGAGACACCCCUGCACAUGGCAGCCAGAGCUGGGCACACGGAUGUGGCAAAGUAUCUGCUGCAGAACAAAGCCAAAGCCAACGCCAAGGCCAAGGAUGACCAGACUCCUCUGCACUGUGCAGCACGCAUCGGCCACACUGGCAUGGUCAAACUGCUGCUGGAGAACAAUGCCAACCCCAACCUGGCCACAACAGCAGGGCACACACCCCUGCACAUCACCGCCAGAGAGGGACAUGUGGACACAGCCCUGGCCCUGCUGGAGAAGGGGGCCCUGCAGACCUGCAUGACCAAGAAAGGAUUUACCCCUCUCCACGUUGCGGCCAAGUAUGGGAAGGUGGAUGUGGCAGAGCUGUUGCUGGCUCAUGAUGCUCAUCCCAAUGCAGCAGGGAAGAACGGCCUGACCCCACUACAUGUGGCUGUGCACCACAACAACCUGGAGAUCGUCAAGCUGCUGCUUCCCAAGGGGAGCUCCCCACACAGCUCAGCCUGGAACGGGUACACCCCCCUGCACAUUGCAGCCAAGCAGAACCAGAUGGAGGUGGCCAGCAGUUUGCUGCAGUACGGGGCUUCUGCGAAUGCAGAGUCUGUGCAGGGAGUCACCCCCCUACACCUGGCUUCCCAGGAGGGGCAUGCGGACAUGGUGACACUGCUCUUCUCCAAACAAGCCAACGGCGACCUGGGCAACAAGAGUGGCCUGACUCCUCUCCAUCUCGUGGCCCAGGAGGGACAUGUGCUGGUUGCUGAUGUUCUGGUGAAACAUGGAGUCACAGUGGAUGCAACAACCAGGAUGGGCUAUACCCCACUACAUGUGGCCAGCCACUAUGGGAACAUCAAGUUGGCAAAGUUUUUGCUGCAACACCAGGCUGAUGUCAAUGCCAAGACUAAGCUGGGCUACACCCCUCUGCACCAGGCAGCACAGCAGGGCCACACGGACGUGGUGACACUGCUGCUGAAGCAUGGGGCCUCUCCCAAUGAGAUCAGCACAAAUGGCACCACUCCCCUGGCCAUUGCAAAGCGGCUCGGCUACAUUUCUGUCACAGAUGUGCUCAAGAUCGUCACAGAGGAAACUGACAUCCCGGCAGUCGGUGACAAGCACCGCAUGAGCUUCCCGGAGACGGUAGACGAGAUUCUGGAUGUGUCAGAGGAUGAAGGCACUGCUCAUGUCACAGUAAUGGAGGAGGAGCUGAUCGCACCAAAGUCCAGGACACCCGAUCCCAGACAUCAGGAGAGCAAGAGGGAGAUGCUGGAGUUUGUGACCACAACGACACUGGAGCAAAUGGUGGAGUCUCCAGCUGUCCUGCAAGUCCCCUGUGUCCCACCUGAGACUGUGGUGACCAGAGCAGAGGAGACUGAGCAGCCCUCCAAGGAGUUUGACGAGGACUCACUGAUCCCUAGCAGUCCUGCCACUGAGACCUCAGAUAACAUCAGCCCAGUGGCCAGCCCCGUGCACACAGGGUUCCUGGUGAGCUUCAUGGUGGAUGCCCGUGGUGGCUCCAUGCGGGGCAGCCGGCACCAUGGCCUGCGCGUGGUCAUCCCACCCCGCGCCUGCGCCGCGCCGACCCGCAUCACCUGCCGCCUGGUGAAGCCCCAGAAGCUGCCUCUGCCUGCACCACCCCCGCUGGCUGAGGAGGAGGGUCUGGCCAGCAGGAUCAUCGCCCUGGGGCCCGCUGGUGCCCAGUUCCUCAGCCCUGUCGUUGUGGAGAUCCCACACUUUGCCUCGUAUGGGCGUGGGGACCGCGAGCUGGUUGUGUUGCGCAGUGAGAACGGCUCUGUGUGGAAGGAGCACCGCAACCGCUACGAGGAGACCUACAUGGACCAGCUGCUCAAUGGCAUGGAUGAGGAGCUGGAGAGCCUGGAAGAGCUGGAGAAGAAGAGGGUUUGUCGCAUCAUCACCACCGACUUCCCGCUCUACUUCGUGGUUAUGUCCCGGAUUUGCCAGGACUGUGAUCUGAUCGGGCCUGAGGGAGGGUGUUUGAAAAGCACAUUGGUGCCCAUGGUUCAGGCCACCUUCCCAGACACUGCUGUCACCAAGAAAGUCAGGCUGGCCCUGCAGGCGCAGCCUGUGCCUGACGAGCUGGUGACGAAGCUGCUGGGGAACCAGGCAACCUUCAGCCCCAUCGUCACGGUGGAGCCGCGCCGGAGGAAGUUCCACCGCCCUAUCGGCCUCCGCAUCCCACUGCCACCUUCCUGGAAGGACAAUCCCCGAGACAGCGGCGAGGGUGACACCACCAGCCUGCGCCUGCUCUGCAGUGUGAUCGGAGGGACAGCCCAAGCCCAGUGGGAAGACAUAACAGGCACCACAAAGCUGAUCUAUGAAAAUGAGUGUGCUAACUUUACUACCAAUGUGUCUGCCAGGUUCUGGCUGGCCGACUGCCCGCGCACAGCCGAGGCCGUGCACUUUGCCACCCUGCUGUACAAGGAGCUGACAGCCGUGCCCUACAUGGCCAAAUUCGUAGUGUUUGCUAAGAUGAAUGAUGCACGGGAAGGCCGGCUGCGCUGCUACUGCAUGACUGAUGACAAGGUUGACAAGACUUUAGAGCAGCAUGAAAACUUCACUGAGGUGGCCCGCAGCAGGGACAUUGAGGUGGUAGAGGGGAUGCCUUUGCAUGUCGAGCUCUCAGGGAACUUGGUGCCUGUCAAGAAGGCCACUCAGCCCCGCACCUUCCUCUUCCAGUCCUUCCGGGAGAAUCGUCUUGCCAUCCCCAUCAAGGUUCGGGACAGCAGCCGGGAAGCCAGCGGCUCCCUGUCCUUCUUGCGCAAGGCCAUGAAAUAUGAGGACCUCCAGCACGUGCUCUGCCACCUGAACAUCAGCAUACCACCCUGCACCAAGGGAAGCGGCAGUGAGGAGCGGAGGAGGACACUGACGCCAUUGUCUCUGCGGGAGCGAUACAGCAUCCUAAGUGAGACCAGUUUUGGUUCCCUGAGCAGCGUGGACAAGGCAGACCAGAAGAUGGUCGACAUAGCAGAACAGCUGGGCCUCAGCUGGGCUGAGUUGGCACGUGAGCUGCAGUUUGGGGUGGAGGACAUCAACAGAAUACGUGUGGAGAACCCCAACUCCCUGCUGGAGCAGAGCAUGGCCUUGCUCAACCUCUGGGUCAGCCGCGAGGGCAAGAAUGCCAAGAUGGAGAGUCUGUACACAGCACUGAGGAACAUCGACCGUGGUGAGAUUGUCCAGAUGCUGGAGGGCUCUGGCCGGCAGAGCCGCAGCCUGAAGGGCAGCUGGAGGUACCAGGACAGGGACUACUCUCUCUCGCCAUCCCAGAUGAAUGGUUACGCUUCGCUGCAGGACGAGCUGCUGUCCCCUGCCUCCCUGCAUUACACGCUGCCAUCCCCGCUGCGUGCCGACCAGUACUGGAAUGAGGUGGCCAUCAUGGAUGCUAUCCCCAUGGCUGCCACUGAGCAGGACGCCCUGAUGGAGAUGUCCGACAUGCAGGUGUGGUCCUCAGGGCUCACCCCCUCGCUGGUGACUGCUGAGGACUCCUCUCUGGAGUGCAGCAAGGCUGAGGACUCGGAUGCCACAAGUGAAGGCCGGUUCCCAGGGCAGCUUCUAGCAGAUGCGCAUGGCCCAGACCACAUGGGUUCUAUGGACCUGGUUGAGGAUGACACAGUGGACUCAGAUGCCAUGAAUGGCCUGAUUGACCUUCUAGAGCAGGAGGAGGGGCAGAGGCCAGAGGGGAAAAUGCCAGCCAGUGAUCGCCAGCCAGGCACUGGGGAGCAGGACCCGGAGAGUGAAGUCUCUUUUGUUUCAGUUCAGCAGAAGGUGCAAGCCAGGAUCACAGCAUCACCUACCAUUAGCCACGUUGUCGAGAAGAGCACAGACAGGCUGAGGGACUGGAAUGCAGAAGGCUCCUUUAUCUCCUGCCUACAGGACCUGACAGCGGGCUCCUGGCAGGAGGGGGUCACCCGAAGGCUGCUCCCAACGCACACCACAGCCUCCGGGGCACAAGGCCAGGAGCAAGAGCAGGUCCUGGUGCCGGCCGUGGAGCUGAUGCGGGUCAGCUCCGCAGAGGACAGUGACGGGCAGCCCCAGCACCCCACGGGCAGCUGUCAGGAGAAGGCAGACGGCUGCUUCUUUGGGCAGGACCUGACAGCGGGCUCCUGGCAGGAGGGGGUCACCCGAAGGCUGCUCCCAACGCACACCACAGCCUCCGGGGCACAAGGCCAGGAGCAAGAGCAGGUCCUGGUGCCGGCCGUGGAGCUGAUGCGGGUCAGCUCCGCAGAGGACAGUGACUGGCAGCCCCAGCACCCCACGGGCAGCUCGUGGGGCGGGAUGUGGGCUCUCCUGGCCCAGCUGCUGAUUGCCCUGGUGCUGCUGGCCUUCUUCCUGGUCAGCUGCCAGAAUGUCAUGCACAUCAUCAGGGGCUCUGUCCGCUUCCUGCUCAAACACGCCCACCGUGAGCUGGACAAGGAGCUCGGGGAGAGCCCAGGGCUGGCGGAUGACGAGGAGGUUCUCUCCACCAGGGUCGUCCGCCGGCGUGUUCUUGUGAAGGGGAACGAAGUCCUUCAUCUCCCUGGGGAGCAGGUGACUGAAGAGCAGUUCACAGAUGAUCAAGGCAAUAUAAUCACCAAGAAGGUCAUCCGGAAGGUGGUGCGGCAGCUGCACCCUGGUGACAUGGGUGACAGGCAGGAGCAGGAGGAGCUGAUUCUGGAGGGCUCCCUGCAGGAGCCCCAAGACCUGGAGGGCAGGAUGGGGGCUCAGAUAGUGAAACGAGCCAGCCUGAAAAGGGGGAAGCAGUGA